GCAGCUGAAACCGGUUUGAGCGGAGCCGCUUCCUGCCGCUCGGCGCCGCCGCGGGCUGCCUGGGGGAGCGCUGGCGAGGCGCUGACGGCGGGUGCCCGGCUUCUCGGCCCGCGGCCCUCGCUCUCGAGCGCGGCGGCGGCGACGACGACGACGGCGCGGACCCGCAGACCCGGCAGCUCAACAUUGUAAAAUAAAUCCACCAGAAUGACACCUUCUCAGGUUACCUUUGAAAUAAGAGGAACUCUUUUACCAGGAGAAGUUUAUGCCAUAUGUGGGAGCUGUGAUGCUUUGGGAAACUGGAGUCCUCAGAAUGCUGUGGCUCUUCUUCCAGAAAAUGAGACAGGUGAAAGCAUGUUAUGGAAAGCAACCAUUGUACUCACUAGAGGAGUAUCAGUUCAGUAUCGCUACUUCAAAGGGUGCUUUCUAGAACCAAAGACUAUCGGUGGUCCAUGCCAAGUCAUAGUUCACAAGUGGGAGACUCAUCUACAACCACGAUCAAUAACCCCUUUAGAAACUGAAAUUAUUAUUGACGAUGGACAAUUUGGAAUCCACAAUGGUGUUGAAACUCUGGAUUCUGGAUGGCUGACAUGUCAGACUGAAAUACGAUUACGUUUGCAUUAUUCUGAAAAACCUCCUGUCUCAAUAACAAAGAAAAAAUUAAAAAAAUCUAGAUUUAGGGUAAAGCUGACAUUAGAGGGCCUGGAAGAAGAUGAUGAUGAUAGGGUGUCUCCCACUGUUCUUCACAAAAUGUCCAACAGCCUAGAGAUAUCCUUAAUAAGCGACAAUGAGUUCAAGUGCAGGCAUUCACAGCCAGAGUGUGGAUAUGGCUUACAGCCCGAUCGUUGGACAGAGUACAGCAUACAGACGAUGGAACCAGAUAACCUGGAGCUAAUAUUUGAUUUUUUUGAGGAAGAUCUCAGUGAACAUGUGGUUCAGGGUGAUGCCCUUCCUGGACAUGUAGGGACAGCAUGCCUCUUAUCAUCUACCAUUGCUGAGAGUGGGAAGAGCGCUGGAAUUCUCACUCUUCCCAUAAUGAGCAGAAAUUCCAGAAAAACAAUAGGCAAAGUGAGAGUUGACUAUAUAAUUAUUAAGCCAUUACCAGGAUACAGUUGUGACAUGAAAUCUUCAUUUUCCAAGUAUUGGAAGCCGAGAACACCGUUGGACGUUGGACACCGAGGUGCAGGGAAUUCGACAACGACUGCUCAGCUUGCUAAAGUUCAAGAAAAUACUAUUGCUUCUUUAAGAAAUGCUGCUAGUCAUGGUGCAGCCUUUGUAGAAUUUGAUGUACAUCUUUCAAAAGAUUUUGUGCCUGUGGUGUAUCAUGAUCUCACCUGUUGCUUGACAAUGAAAAAGAAAUUUGAUGCUGAUCCAGUUGAAUUAUUUGAAAUUCCAGUAAAGGAAUUAACAUUUGACCAACUCCAGUUGUUAAAGCUUGCUCAUGUGACUGCUCUAAAAUCUAAAGAUCUGAAAGAAUCUGUGGUUGAGGAAGAAAAUUCUUUUUCUGAAAAUCAGCCGUUUCCUUCUCUUAAGAUGGUUUUAGAGUCUUUGCCAGAAGAUGUAGGGUUUAACAUAGAAAUAAAAUGGAUCUGCCAACAGAGGGAUGGAAUGUGGGAUGGUAACUUAUCAACGUAUUUUGACAUGAAUCUGUUUUUGGAUAUAAUUUUGAAAACUGUCUUAGAAAAUUCUGGGAAGAGGAGAAUAGUGUUUUCCUCAUUUGAUGCAGAUAUUUGCACAAUGGUUCGGCAGAAGCAGAACAAAUACCCCAUAUUAUUUCUGACUCAAGGAAAAUCUGAUAUUUACCCUGAACUCAUGGACCUCAGAUCUCGGACAACCCCCACUGCAAUGAGCUUUGCACAGUUUGAAAACCUCCUAGGGAUCAAUGCUCAUACUGAAGACCUGCUCAGAAACCCGUCCUAUAUUCAGGAGGCAAAAGCUAAGGGACUAGUCAUAUUCUGCUGGGGUGAUGAUACCAAUGAUCCCGAAAACAGAAAGAAACUGAAGGAACUUGGAGUUAAUGGUCUAAUUUAUGAUAGGAUAUAUGAUUGGAUGCCUGAACAGCCAAAUAUAUUCCAAGUGGAGCAGUUGGAACGCCUGAAGCAAGAAUUGCCAGAGCUUAAGAGCUGUUUGUGUCCCACUGUUAGCCGCUUUGUUCCCUCAUCUCUGUGUGGGGAGCCUGAUAUCCAUGUGGAUGCCAAUGGCAUCGAUAAUGUUGAGAGUGCUUAGUUCUUACUGGACAGAGGCCGUCUGGGGGCGUGCAC